AUGGGUCGACUUUCUCACAAAAAACUUCUGAAAGCAGAAAAACAUUUACUGGAACUUGCUGAAAUCCCAACUGAAACGACCCGAAUUUAUCUCGACCAUCAAGAUAACUACUCAAUAUUCUGCCUUCAAUGUGGGGAUCCUGGAAAGCCACCCAUGAUUAUGGUGCAUGGUUACAUGGGGAGUUCUGUGAUGUUUUAUCGAAUCCUCAAAGGGCUAUGCCAAGAAUAUCGGCUUUAUUGUCUCGAUUUAUUAGGUAUGGGAAGGUCAAGCCGUCCUUGCUUUAUGAUGGAAAACAGAGAAGAAUGUGAGGAUUUUUUUGUCUAUCCUAUCGAAGUCUGUAGAGAUAGACUAGGAAUCGAAAAAUUCGUACUAGCAGGCCAUUCAUUUGGUGGCUAUGUAUCUGGAUGCUAUGCAGAAAAAUACCCAAAUCGUGUAGAAAAAUUAGUUUUAAUAUCCCCAAUUGGAAUUCCAAGACACCCAAUAGGCUGAACUUUUCAAGGAUGAAUGGAAAGCCAAAGCUGAAAAGACAGAUUUGUGAUGAGACUUGUGUGCUUAUUUUGGGGUAAAAAGAUGUCAGGAGCUACAAUUUUGAGGAACGCUGGCCCAUUUUCAGGGAAAAUUAUUGAAAUGUACCUGGGAGGUAGAAUUUCUGGAAUUUCAGAAAAAGAAAUGAAUAGUGUUUAUACAUAUCUUGAGCAGGUUAAUUUGUACCCAGGAAGUGGAGAAUAUUCUCUUGAUCAGAUUUUAGACCAAGGGUUAUAUGCAUUAUCUCCACUUUGUGAUAGAUUAAUAAAUGUCCCAAUUGUAUAUUUAUAUGGGGAUAGAGACUGAAUUCUUCCAGACGGCGCUGAACAAAAUUCUAAAUUUAAUUCUUGUCCUAUUAUUACUGAAAUAAUUUCGAACUCAGGGCAUCACAUGUACCUUGAUAAUCCUCAUGAGUUAGUAACUAAAAUUUUAAGGAGCGUAAAAGAGCUGGAUAACAUGCAUAAAUUAAACCAAAAACAAUUAGAAAAUCAAGCAAACCCAAUGCAAUAA